AUGUUGACCUCUUUUUCACUAUCUCUGUGUGGCAAAAAGCCCACAGUCGCCUCUGCUGGCCACGCGGGCCAACCAUUUUGGAGAACAAACAGAUCGGGGCGGGAUAUAAAGGCGACAUUGGCGAGAAAUCACCACAUUAUACCCCGGGACCCGGCAGAGUCUUUUGGUAGAAAGAUGGCCUCCAAAAUCAUCCUCCUCAUCGCUUGCGUGCUUGCUGCUGGAUUGGUCCAGGAAACCUCGGCUCAAUGGUACGGAGGUUACGGCUGGCCUUCCUAUGGUUAUGAGUACGGAGCAUAUCCAUAUGGUGGCUAUGGAGGAUAUGGAUAUGGCGGAUACCCGUACUACGGAGGAUAUGGAGGCUAUGGCGGAUACUACGGAUACGGCAAGCGCGAGGCUGGAUUCGGCCCCCAACAGCCACAACAACAGCAGCAGCAACAAGUCCAAAACCCGCGCCGCUACGAGAUCCAGACGGUCAUCCGGCACCUACAGUAUGGCGACAUUUUCAAGGUGAAAUCCCUCAGUUCCGGCGAGGUGUUCCUGAUGAAGUCUGAGGUGGAGGCGGUACCGGAGGAUAUGGCUCGAUUAAAGUACUUGAGAUCAAAGGUGCUGAAGCGGAACUUCUCCAAGUCGACGGCCCUCCGGCUCGCCCUGAUGACGCUGAAGGCGAUCGCCGACUUGCACGAGAUGGGCUGGAUUCAUCGUGACAUCCGCCCCGCCCAGUUCUGGGUGGGCUACGGCCCGGACUGCAUGAACCUGUACCUCGUCGACUUUCUCAAGAUUCGCCAGUACCAGCGCAGCAACAAGGUCCAUCUGCUCUUCAUGGUAAUCGACUUCUUCGACGACCAGGCCCUCCCGUGGUGCAAGAUGCGCGGCCUCGAGUCGGUCAUGUCGAAGCUCGAGUUCUUCACCACACCCAAGGCCCGCGAGAACACGAUCCGCGCCGUCCAUCCCGACUUUGAGCUGAUCGCCGACAUGGUCAACAAGAUGAAGUGGGCCUCGGAGAUGCGCGUGCCGUUCCUCGAGGAGACGCUGAGGAGCAUUGCGGGGAAGCUGAAGCUGAACCUAAAAGAACCGUUCGACUGGACCCCCGAAAUGGCCACCCAGCACGCCAGCGCCACGGCCAGCAUUGAUGCCUAUCAGGCUGGAGCUGAUAUGCAACGGCGCAGCAACAGCGGCAGCGGAGGCAGCAAGAGCAAGAAGCCCCGAGCAGCUGAGGAGUCGUUGAGGUCGAAGAAGAAGGCGCCCAGCCGCCUCAUCGGCUCCAAGGAGAAGAGCCGCACGAACCGGCUGCCGGCCAAGAGUCCUGCCCAACCCAUCGAGGUCAAGGUCAGCCCGCAGAAGCCGGAGCAGGUCGUCGGCGGCAAGGACGACGAUGAGGAGGAGGAGUUUAUGACCCCUGGCGGCGGCGAGAAAGACUACGUGCGCGCCGAGUGCGUGGUGGCCGGGUUGAAGAAGCAGAAGCCGAAGAGGGCCGCGGACGAAGAGAACGAGGCGUACGACAACUUCAAGUUC